AGUCAGGAGAUAUCUCUCAAAGGAGCAAUGGUCAUUGCCCUAUUAUGUUGGCGGAUUAUCUCGGACGUGAACCAACAGUCACCGAACGGCUUGCGAACCAGCUAUCGAAUCGUUCAAGUGAUGGAGGUCUGGCCGUUUCCCAAGUACCGCAGCGUACGCUCGACCAACCUAUUUCGCGUCCAGUUCAACAUGAUAUGAAAACAGUCGUGGUGAACGGUACGGCCGAGGAAACAAAUAGACGAUGAAGGUCGUUAGAACCUGGGAUCGACACUUUGUAUUAGCUUUGGUGGUAGCAUCCCAUAGUAGGCAGCACCUCUGCAUCAUAUGCAACAAUACCUUGCUCC